GCUAUUUGAACUUUUUUGGAGUCAGCUCUUGUGCUUUUAUUUGUGAUAAGACGAACUUGAACAAUGGAAGCAAUAGCGAAGCACGAAUUCAACGCAACGGCCGACGAUGAGCUUAGUUUUCGUAGAUCUCAAGUCCUAAAGAUACUGAAUAUGGAAGACGACAUGAACUGGUACAGAGCUGAACUGGACGGCAGAGAAGGCCUAAUUCCUAGUAAUUACAUAGAAAUGAAGAACCACAGUUGGUACUACGGUAGAAUCACAAGAGCUGACGCCGAAAAACUGCUCUCAAACAAGCACGAAGGGGCCUUUCUCAUACGUAUUAGUGAAUCCAGUCCAGGAGAUUUUUCUCUAUCUGUCAAGUGUUCUGACGGCGUGCAACAUUUCAAGGUGCUAAGGGACGCCCAAGGCAAAUUUUUUCUCUGGGUAGUCAAAUUCAAUUCGUUAAAUGAAUUAGUAGAAUACCAUCGCACGUCGUCCGUGUCCCGGUCACAAGACGUCAAGCUGAAGGACAUGGUGGCCGAAGAGUGCUUGGUGCAGGCCUUAUACGACUUUACUCCACAAGAAGCCGGCGAGCUAGAGUUCCGAAGGGGCGACGUAAUAACGGUGACGGACCGCUCAGAUCAGCACUGGUGGCAUGGCGAGAUCGGACACCGUCGCGGCCUAUUCCCCGCUACUUACGUGACGCCUUACCACACAUAAUAUUUUUCCCUUAAUUAUUAUUUUCUCAAAGGCAUUAUUUCACCACCACUCUUGGAAAAACCUGCGCAACUGUGGGCGAUUUUUUACUUGGUUUUUAAUUUAUGUGAUUUUGUAAUAAUCGUUUAGAUGAUUUUAUUAAUUGCUCAUUGUUUUUGGAAAAUCUCUUAAUGUAGUUUUAAGAUCAAAUAUUUUUAUAUUGGAUCAAUUGUACUGAAAAACGUGAAAUUUAUUAAUCUUCUUCAGUUCAGUAGGUUAUGGAAUAUAAUAUAAUGUUUAAUUUUUUAGGUAGAGUGUAUGACAGGUUGCUUACAUUUUACUCUGUUCAGAUAUGCAACGAAAUUAACCAGUUAGGAGCAAGUGGAGCUAGUUUCCGUCGAAGAUUUAAUAUUUAAAUCCAAUUUCCUAUAAGAUAGUGCACACAAUAUCGUAUUUUUAGCAAAUCAGAUGCCAUUUUUUGUAUUUCUUUAAGUUAUGGAGAUUCGUGAGUUUAUUUCAAAAGAUUUUUAUUUGUAUAUAAUGCGUUAGAGAUUAUGCCAGAAUUUUAUUCAACACUCAUUCGUUUGGCAUUCUCUUGCUUUGACUUUUAGACUUUGUAUGUAAAUACUAACAUAGUUUUAUUAUUACAAUAUUGCAUUAUUAUAAUAGGCGAGUAUAAGUAAAUAUAUGUUAUAUAAAUAA